GCGUGAGGGAAGAGAGCCAGGGUAAAGAAGGAGCAGAGGCGGUGGAUGAGAGAAGAGAAGAGGAGAGGCAUUGACUCAAAGCAUACACAUGGAAGAGAAGAAAACGACUAUUUCAUGUGCUCCCUGUGCAAGAGUGAAUAGUGUGGCUGUCUGACUGGAUUGUUAGUCAUCUGCUGCUCCAUAGUUAGAGGACAUACAAAGAGACACCGGCAGCCUGGGAAUACAGGAUUGCAUGAAGAAGAUGAACAGGCGCUGUGGGUUCUGUGGCUGUGAUUGCCGUCCUCAGACCCCGUAGCCACUUGUGCUGGUGCUGUCGCAGGCCGUUAGCCUCGCAGUAAGGCAGCAGCUGAUACAUAAUGAGCUCCAAACACUCCUCCGACUGGAUCCCCUACAGCACUUUAGAUGAUGAAGGCACCAACCUCCGGCAGCAGAAGCUGGACAGACAGCCACAUCAGUCUUCAGAGGCCAAUGCCGUCGGGGAAAGCUGUUACCAUGAAGGAGUGUGUGCCAUGUCCAAAUAAGCGAGCACUCCUUGAGCAGAAGCAGAAGAAGAAGAGGCAAGAGCCUCUCAUGGUCCAGUCCAACGUGGACGGGAGGUCCCGCACUCGUCGGACCAAACAGAGCGAGGAACAGGCUCCACUGGUGGAAUCCUACCUCAGCAGUAACAGCAGCACCAUCUACCAUGUGCAAGAAGCUGAACAGGAAGAGGCGAAAGCGAUAUCGGACACGCAGCUGAAUCGCUCAUCCAAAAAGGGCAAGGCAUCUGCGAGCUCCACUCCACAGACAGGCAGUGACAAGAAGGAGAAGAGGGGGAAACACAAAGCAAUUGAUGGCCCAGCUGCUCACCAGGACGACGGCCAGAUCCAGAUCCUGACUGUGGGUCACUCCGCCGCAGAGGAGGGCGAGACCGCGCCUGUCAUGAGUUGCACUCAGUCGCAGAGUAAACAGGAUCUGCGUGUCACCAUGCUGAAAAAAGGUAUAUCUAGCAGUAUGAAUUUUGAUGAGGAAGAGGAUGAUGUAGAUGAAAUUAGUUCCAGUUCUUCACAGCUCAACAGCAACACGAGACCGGGCUCGGCUACCAGCAAGAAGUCGUGCAAGGAGCUGGCCUCAGCCCCCUCUCCGCCAGCCACCGAACCUGCCAUUGAUGUUGAUGACUUGGAGGAGUUUUCUCUGCGACCUGCACCGCAGGGGGUUAGAGUUAAGUGCAGAAUCACCAGGGACAAGAAGGGCAUGGACAGGGGCAUGUAUCCAACAUAUUAUCUUCAUCUGGAGAGGGAGGAUGGCAAGAAGGUGUUCCUCUUAGCUGGUAGGAAGAGGAAAAAGAGCAAAACUUCAAAUUACCUCAUCUCCAUUGAUCCCACUGAUCUGUCUCGCGGUGGAGAGAGUUUUAUUGGUAAACUAAGGUCAAACCUCAUGGGAACGAAGUUUACAGUGUACGACAACGGUCUGAACCCGUGUAAGAGCACCACCAGCCUUGAAGCCAGCAAUCUACGUCAAGAGCUAGCAGCCAUUUGUUAUGAAACCAAUGUCUUAGGAUUCAAAGGACCUCGGAAAAUGAGUGUGAUCAUUCCUGGAAUGAACAUGGACCAUGAGAGAGUGUCUAUUCGCCCACGAAAUGAACAUGAGUCACUGUUAGCCAGGUGGCAGAACAAGAACACAGAGAGCGUGAUCGAACUUCACAACAAGACACCCGUGUGGAACGAUGACACGCAAUCCUACGUGCUCAACUUCCACGGCAGAGUCACUCAGGCUUCUGUUAAGAAUUUUCAAAUUAUUCACAACAAUGACCCUGACUACAUUGUAAUGCAGUUUGGCCGUGUGGCAGAGGAUGUCUUCACCAUGGACUUUAACUACCCAAUGUGUGCCCUUCAAGCCUUUGCUAUCGCCCUCUCCAGCUUUGACAGCAAGUUAGCCUGUGAAUAGACCCCAGCCUGAAGUUCAGAGAAGAGGUGGUCCAUCUGUCCUUAAGGGCUGUUAAUGUAUCCCUGGGACUCGUUUGGGAUCUCCAAAUGGCCCAGUUCCUUGGAAGUUCUGCAUAUCCCAAAAUGCUUUGUGGGCCUCCUGUUUCCAUGUGUACGUCUGUCUGAAGGGGGUGGGGGGGACUCUCAGGAUGGUCUCAGUUAGUGGAAGAAAACAAGCACAAAGAAUAAUCCACUCGCAAAUUUAUCUGUUAUUUUGUACUGUAUUAUAAAAAUCAACAAUUUCUUUCUGUAGUAGAUAUAGAAAUGUAACUUUUCCUUACCUGUACGUUAUAAACAACAGUUACACAUCAGUCGGUUUUAAGAACUGACUGGAUUUUAUGUAGUCUGCCUCAAAAAUAAAAGAAAAGAAAAAAGACAUUACACACUUCAUCAUGCAUGAAUACUGCUUAUAUAAAAAAAAUAAUCAAAAUUAACUUGAACGUCACACUGUAUUUAUUAUUUUGUUACUAACAUAUUUAUUACAGGAUGAUUUUGUUUUUUCUGCUGUCAUUUGUAACAGCUUUCUAAGCAUUCAAGUUGUCAACGCUGUUGUAAUAGACGCUCGCUGUAUAAAUAAAAUUUAAUUGAACUGAAUCAAAUCCCAAGAAAAUGACUUGUUUCCACAUGAGCUACUCAGACAUAAAAAGGGCAAAGGCAUGUUACAUAUCGCUGUGUACCCUGGACAGUUCAAAGUGUCAUAUAAGUGAAUGUAUAGGUUGAUGGUGCACUUUACUUUGAAGUGUGUGAUGGAAGAUAUACAGCUGUACAUAUUUUAUUGUGCCUUUGAAAACUAACUCCAGUGUUAAACUUUGGCCAUAAAUUGAGCUGAGUUUGGAUUUGUCUUUGUAUUUUUAUUUUUAUUUAUUUUUUGCCCUCCACUCAUGCAUUGUAGCUAUGAUCUAAAUUCAGUUGUUUAGUGCAAAGUUUACUUUUACGGAGUAAAUACCUCUGGUUGCAAAACUCCCAGGUGAUAAUAUCCCAAAGUGCAUAUCAAAGAACAACAUGUUUUGGCUAUUGUCAUGUAUGUUUAAAUUACACGUAGGCUCUAUAGAGAUGAGCAUUUAUUUAUGGUGUUUUGUACACCAGGCAGCAGAUGCAGCAGCUAUCCAAAGCACUCAGGCUUAAGUAAGUUUAUUCCAUCACUUGGUUUUACAUCUUUGAUUAACCUUAUACUCUAGCCAGGUGCCGUUUGAUACAUUCCUCAUCUGGCAGUAAUUCUUUAUGUCACAUGGUAUUCACAUUUUUACUCAAAACUGUACUCUUCUUGCUUGUCAUGGGGCAGUAUUGUUUUUCUUAAACAUAUGGCGGUAAAUUUUGUAUUUUAGGACCACGGAAAAAAAUACUGAAUGAUGGCAAAGAGCAAUUGCUAAUACCACAAGUGUAACUGUGCAUUACGAGAAAAUCCUUAUCAAAUGUGCUAUUCUUGUACUCAGUUGUGAUGAAACAAUUUUACAUUUCUAUUUCAAAUCUGUUGAUACUCUUGCUGUAAAGUUUGCUUUUCAUACAUGUGUUCAGGAACCAAAGGUUCUUUCACUUUUUGUUUUUAGUGCCGUCGUCACAAUGUAAAAAUAAAUGGUGUACAGUUUUCUGUGAUGUUGUACACACAGUCUUUGUUCAUGGAAA